GUCAUGCUACGUGACAUCGAUGCCACACUUCGUACGGCGUCAAUCUAUUCCUCCAAAUCGACACAGCAUUUGCGUUACCUUUCUCAUGGCUGUUCUGAUGUUGAAGUGCUGUAAUAAUGACGAGCCCUAGCCCGCCAAAAAAGCGACGCAUAUCUGAUUUCUUCAGACCCUACAUCAACCGCACAAUUCCAGCGAAGCGAUCAUCACCCUCGACUGUAGCGGCCAAGCAGACGCGCAGCCCUAGCCCCGACCUUGAAAUCACUCGAGUGGUGUCUUCUCCCAGGACUGACAGGAGAGCGAACAGUCCUGAUAUAGAAAUCACCCGAGUAGUGACGACACCUAAAAGCAGAAGACCACGAGCAGACGAGAAGCUACUAACGCCGAAAGCUCCUACGUUCUCACCCUUGACCGCACCAGGCUCGGGUGUUCAGUCAAUUCCUUUCCGCAGUCCUCGACCCAAAGACCCUAUAGAGUCCCCUUUGACUUCCAAACAGCCCUCCCUUCUUAGCGCAGACAGAAGGAGAAGCUCGCCAUCACCCACGCCCAUCAAACGCACUACGUUUGUCAACGCACCCACCUCGACGCAAGCAGUCUUCCGCAAUGGCGAAGUAAUCGCGAUACGCGACUCGGACGACGAUGACACGGCAUCACUCGAUUCGUUGGAGUCGCUAAGUGGUCUAUUUGGAAGAAAGAAGAACGGCAAUGUUACAUCACGCUCUUCUUCCCCGGAAGUAGACGAGGAGAAGCUUGAGGCUGAGCGAAUCAAGACGCUAAGCGCCUUCACGAGAGGGAGGUCCGAUCCCUUGGUCGGCAAGGACAAAUUGCGUGCCCUGCAUGCCCGACAAAAGGCGACCAAUUUCGACAUUUCAGGUAUUAUAGGCGACCAUUUCGACGACCAGGGGAUUGAAGAGAAGGUCCGGCAGUCACGGACCGACUACGAAGCAUCAGAAGGCCCGUCAGAACGAGAUGAUAUCCUGGGUCUGGAUAGAAAAUUGCUUGCGACUGUCGCUACGAAUGAUGAAGAUGGGCAUGACGGAGUAUCUAGGCUCAUGGACGCAGUGGAACGUACCGAAGCUCUUUCUGCAGAUCGAGUGUUCUUGUUCUUCGGCGCUGACGGGGUGAAUGACUGGAAAGACGAGGUUCCUGUGCGGUAUGAGUUCCCGGAUGAUGCGAUCCCCGAAGACCUCUGGCGUGUAGGAGACGAUGACUCGAGAUCACGGGCUUUUAAGUCCGGGUAUAUCGCCGACCUCGCUGCUCAAGGACGACUAUCAGACAAGGCGCUGACCUGGACGUUCGAUAGCGUCGUGCUUGAACGGCAGGACGACCUAGCGAACGCGUAUAUUGAAUGCAUACGCAACUCGAGCGCUUCAUGGACCAGGAAUAACGUCACGGCUCAGGAUGUCCAGACUGUCUUCCAGACACUGGGGGCUGAUGUGUCCAAUUUUCAGGACGCGGUGACGAUCCAUCCAAAGUACCGUGUGGCAAGCGAGCCUGUCAGGCGUGAUCCGAAAUAUCUACUCGCGGCAUUGGAUCUGUUCCUGUCAAUAUGUCAGGACAUGGAUUUUUUGGCACUCAGCAAACUGACUUCGCUGGUAUGUCGGUUAGCUAUUGAUGCCGAGCUCAUGAGCGACGGUCGAGUAUCUGUCAAGGUCGAGGAGAUUCUCGAAUCUCUGCUCAACUUGUCCGAUCCUGAUAUGCGCUCUCACAUCUUCGAGAGGAUGAUCGCUGAUGUCGGACACCAUCUGAAAGACGCCACCCUGCAAGCUCACUUGCUAGGUCACAUCUUACCGGUCUCGCCCGCUGCGAUUAGGGCCCGCCUGAUCCUGGCGCAGACGUUCUUUCUAGGUGCUGAGAGCCGGAAGGAUGGGAGUUGCCUGCCUGAGACCGGAUAUCUCGAGAUUCUGACACAGCAUGUUUCGAAGUCACUUUUCUUCAGUCCCAAACGGCACCGAGAUCCCAAGAACAUGGACUAUACAGCCCUUCGUGCUCUGACCCAUGUCCUUGACGUUGCAGUCGCUUACGCCGGUCGUCCUGCGAAUUUCGAAUCCCGCACAGACGAGGUCGCGUUCAACAAGUCUGUCGACAGGAUGGCUGAAGCCGUCCGGACCACGCUGGUCUCGAUCAUUGAUACGGGCGCGUCACAUCUUAGCCGCACCGAGGCAAAAGCCGCUUUGCAGUCGCUCUAUUGGCGUUUAUUGUACAGUGUGCGGACAGAACCGCGGCCGAAGAAGAAUAUUUUCGACCCCAGGACGGGCCAGCUACGAGAUACAAUGGACUUUCGCAGCGAGGAAAGGAGCAAGAAUCUUUUGCAGCGGUUUUUGAAAAAGGAAGAGAUUCAAAUGGAAGGCGGUACAGACGAAGGCCCAACUGAUCCUGAUAAGAACAUGAACUGGUUAGGGUCUUCGGAACCCUCAGAGUCCGAGAGGCUGAUUCGCAAGCAAUUAGGCCUGAGCGAGUAAUAGAUGCAUGCUGUAUUACUGUGAAUGUGGUUUGGGGAGGUUCUGAAACAAUGUAUUCCAAGCAUGGCGUUGGUGGACAAGGUGUUAUUUUGCUCCAAAGGAUGCCAUUACUUUGCAAUAUCAUGGAUGACUGUCAACGUUUAUGUUGGCAUAACAGUAUGA